ACAACCAUAACGACAACAACAAGUGUAUGUGUGUGUCUCUCUAUCUGCCACAUGCGGCAAAUAGUUUUUAGUGUCUGUGUGUUGUUGUAAAUUUAAAAAAUAAAGUAACCAACAACAACAAAUAACAACCAAAUCUCUAAACGACCUCGACCAAAUCGAAGCUGAAGAAGAAGAAAAACAACCAAGCAAUCAUCAUUCUUCUUCAUCAUCAUUAUCAUCAUGUUCAAGUGCAUUCCAAUCUUUAAAGGCUGCAAUCGGCAGGUGGAAUUUGUGGACAAACGUCACUGUUCCCUGCCCCAAGUGCCUGAGGAGAUAUUACGCUAUUCGCGUACCCUCGAGGAGCUCUUUUUGGAUGCAAAUCAUAUACGCGAUUUGCCAAAGAAUUUCUUCAGAUUGCAGCGUCUGAGAAAACUGGGCCUGAGUGACAAUGAAAUUGGACGUCUGCCGCCGGAUAUACAAAAUUUUGAGAAUCUUGUCGAGCUCGAUGUUUCACGCAAUGAUAUACCCGACAUUCCCGAUGACAUCAAGCACUUGCAGAGCCUGCAGGUGGCCGAUUUCAGUUCGAAUCCCAUACCCAAAUUGCCUUCGGGCUUCUCGCAGUUAAAAAAUCUAACAGUUUUGGGCUUAAACGAUAUGUCACUUACCACAUUACCCGCCGAUUUUGGCAGUCUCACGCAAUUGGAAUCGCUGGAGCUGCGUGAGAAUCUAUUAAAGCAUUUGCCAGAGACAAUAAGUCAGCUAACGAAACUGAAACGUUUGGAUUUGGGUGAUAAUGAAAUUGAAGACUUGCCACCGUAUCUGGGCUAUUUGCCGGGACUGCAUGAACUUUGGCUGGAUCACAAUCAAUUGCAGCGUCUACCACCCGAAUUGGGUUUGUUGACUAAACUGACCUACCUCGAUGUGUCCGAGAAUCGGCUGGAAGAGCUGCCCAAUGAGAUCAGUGGUCUGGUCAGUCUAACCGAUUUGGAUUUGGCACAGAAUCUUCUCGAAACACUGCCUGAUGGCAUAGCCAAACUGAGCCGUCUUACCAUUCUGAAACUCGAUCAAAAUCGUUUGCAACGCCUAAACGAUACACUGGGAAGUUGCGAAAACAUGCAGGAGCUUAUAUUAACGGAGAAUUUCCUAUCCGAACUGCCUGCCUCCAUAGGACGCAUGACCAAGUUAAGCAAUCUGAAUGUCGACCGCAAUGCACUAGAGUAUUUACCACUGGAAAUUGGCCAGUGCGCCAAUUUAGGUGUGCUCAGUCUGAGGGACAACAAGCUGAAAAAGCUGCCGCCAGAGCUGGGCAAUUGCACUGUGCUUCAUGUACUGGAUGUGAGCGGCAAUCAGUUGCUCUAUUUGCCCUACUCACUGGUCAAUUUGCAAUUGAAGGCAGUGUGGCUAUCGGAAAAUCAAUCACAGCCGUUGCUGACCUUCCAACCGGACACGGACGCUGAGACAGGCGAGCAGGUUUUAUCCUGUUAUCUGCUGCCCCAGCAGGAAUAUCAGCCCAUUGCACCGGAUUAUCCACCCAUGACGCUUUAUAGAUCAAGCGAAAAAUUCGAUUCAACGGAAUUCUUCAAUUAUCAACAGAAAGCACGCGAUUCUGAUUCUGAUUAUGAAGAACAUAAUAGCCGCGAAAAUGCGCGAACGGUCACAUUCCCUGACGUUCCCAACCAGGAGAAGAAUACGCAAUUUGUGCGCCAAAAUACACCGCAUCCCAAGGAUCUAAAGGCAAAGGCUCAAAAAUUGAAAGUGGAGCGCAGUCGUCAUGAGGAGAAUGCCAAUUUGGUAGCACUGCCAGAGGAGGAGAACGGCAUUAAGCUAGCCGAGACACCAACCGAGGCGCGCCCUGUGGCUAACAAUCAUCAGCAGGCGAAAGCCGUGACAGUCACCGCGCCGGUACCUCAGCCAGUACAACAACCAGUUGUUGGUGUAAAUGCCAAACAGGCAGCUAAUACAACAACCACAGUAACAGCUCCACCAGCUAAUGCACAGGGUGGUGUUCCUCAAGUGGUGCAAAACACCGCUAACACUGUUGCUGCUAUUGCUGCUCCUGUUGCUUCCGAUGUGGCCGAUGGUGAUGAACAAGAUGAUGAAUUUGAAUCCGAUCGACGGGUUGGCUUUCAAGUGGAGGGUGAGGACGAUGAUUUCUACAAACGACCACCAAAACUACACAGACGUGAUACUCCACAUCACCUAAAGAAGGAGCGCGUACAGCAUUUAACUGACAAACAGGCAAAUGAAAUAUUAGCUAAUGCUUUGGCCUCGCAAAAGCGCAAUGAUGCCAUCACGGCCACGCCGCAGCAUUCGCUGGGUAAAGUGCAGUCGCCCAUCGAGGAAAAUGCCGAUGCUGAGCAAUUAGAACAGGAACAGGAACAACAACAUCAGCAGCAACAACAACAUCUAUUUGAUGCAUCUCUCUCACCGAUACCAGCAAUAACAACUACAACGACAGACGCAGAAGGAGAGGGGGCAGAAGCAACGACCGACCAGGAUAACUUGGAUGGCGUGACAGAACUACGACAAGAGCAAUAUGAAAUUCAUAUAGAGCGAACAGCAGCUGGCCUUGGACUUAGCAUAGCCGGCGGCAAGGGCUCUACUCCUUUUAAAGGCGAUGAUGAUGGCAUUUUCAUAUCGCGUGUCACCGAGGGCGGCCCCGCCGAUCUGGCUGGCCUUAAGGUCGGCGACAAAGUUAUCAAGGUCAAUGGAAUUGUUGUUGUCGAUGCGGAUCAUUAUCAAGCCGUGCAAGUGCUGAAAGCAUGCGGCGCUGUGCUUGUGCUUGUGGUACAGCGUGAAGUCACUCGCCUCAUUGGCCAUCCGGUGUUCAGUGAGGAUGGCAGUGUUUCACAGAUAUCCGUGGAAACUCGUCCAUUGGUUGCCGAAGUGAGUCAGCCGCUGGCGGCCACACAUGAACGAUAUAUACCAGCUCCCAUCGAGAUUGUGCCACAACAACAACAUGUGCCAGUGCAGCACCAACAGCAGGCUGUUGCUACUCAUAGCUAUUCAGGAAAUGUUUUUGCCACACCCACCAGUGCAACAGAACAGCCGACAGCCGUUUCAACAAAUGGUUUAUUAAAUGGCAAGGAUGCUCCGUUGAGUUUCAUUCAAUUGCACACGACGUUGAUACGUGAUCAAAUUGGUCAAGGAUUGGGCUUUAGCAUUGCCGGCGGCAAAGGCUCCCCCCCUUUCAAGGAUGAUUGCGAUGGCAUUUUCAUAUCGCGCAUUACCGAGGGAGGAUUGGCACAUCGCGAUGGCAAAAUCAUGGUUGGCGACCGUGUCAUGGCGAUUAACGGCAACGACAUGACAGAGGCUCAUCACGACGCUGCCGUUGCAUGUCUCACCGAACCGCAGCGUUUCGUUCGUCUAGUGCUGCAACGAGAAUAUCGCGGCCCAUUGGAGCCACCAAUGAGUCCUCGCAGUCCGGCUGUGCUCAACUCAUUGAGCCCUUCUGGCUAUUUGGCCAAUCGACCAGCCAACUUUAAGCGUUCUGCGGGCGAUGUUAGUGGAGCAGCAAUUGCUGAGCAGCCCUACAAAUACAACACCUUGGCCACCACCAAUCCGGCAACUGUUGCCUACACAGCCACAGCCCCUGGCACAGCCAACAACAGUAACACAUUGCCCAGCAACAAGACAAAUGGCUUUGCUGCUGCUGCAGCUGCAAUAGAUAAGUCUACGGGGCAACCAGUGCCGGCUCCACGUCGCACCAACUCAGUGCCUCAGGGAGAAGGUGACGCACCCAAUGGCGCUGCCUCCACAACCUCUAGUGGAGACUCUGGCGAGGCUCAGCCAUCCUCACUGCGCCCGUUGACCAGCGAUGAUUUUCAGGCGAUGAUACCAGCCCACUUCCUUAGCGGCGGCAGUCAGCAUCAGGUGCAUGUGGCCCGACCCAAUGAGGUGGGCGUCAGCGCUGUCACGGUGAAUGUGAAUAAGCCGCAGCCCGAUUUACCCAUGUUCCCAGCAGCGCCCACAGAGCUGGGACGUGUCACCGAGACGAUCACCAAAUCGACCUUUACGGAGACAGUAAUGACGCGCAUCACAGACAAUCAGCUAGCGGAGCCAUUGAUCAGUGAGGAGGUGGUCUUACCCAAAAAUCAAGGUUCUCUUGGAUUCAGCAUCAUUGGCGGCACUGAUCAUUCCUGUGUGCCCUUUGGCACUCGUGAGCCUGGAAUUUUCAUUUCACAUAUUGUGCCCGGCGGAAUUGCUUCGAAAUGCGGUAAAUUGCGCAUGGGAGAUCGUAUUUUGAAAGUCAAUGAGGCAGAUGUAUCCAAAGCCACACACCAAGAUGCUGUUAUGGAGCUAUUGAAGCCCGGCGAUGAGAUCAAGCUGACCAUACAGCAUGAUCCUUUACCUCCAGGUUUUCAGCACCUAGAAGUAGUUUAUAUAGACACAGAGGAAGUUCUACUUGCGAAGGCCGAAGGCGAACGACUGGGCAUGCACAUUAAGGGCGGCCUAAAUGGACAGCGUGGUAAUCCUGCAGAUCCCUCCGACGAGGGUGUUUUCGUGUCCAAAAUUAACUCGGUUGGUGCGGCCCGUCGCGAUGGAAGGCUUAAGGUGGGCAUGCGUCUGCUUGAGGUUAAUGGACACUCCCUGCUGGGGGCCUCGCAUCAGGAUGCGGUCAAUGUUUUGCGCAACGCAGGCAAUGAGAUACAAUUGGUUGUGUGCAAGGGCUACGACAAAUCCAAUUUAAUUCAUUCCAUUGGCCAGGGAGGCGGCAUGAGCACCGGCUUUAAUUCGUCUGCAUCCUGUAGCGGUGGCAGUCGUCAAGGUUCUCGCGCUUCGGAAACGGGUUCGGAGUUAAGUCAAAGUCAGAGCGUUUCUAGCUUGGAUCAUGACGAAGAGGAACGUCUGCGACAAGACUUUGAUGUAUUCGCAGCUCAAAAAACAGAUGCUACCACACCAGAACCAACUAGCCAAUCCGGCUUGGCUGUUGCUGCUGCCUUGGUGCAUGGAACACCAUCUCCCACACCCACACCGACACCAAUCACACCAACACCGCCAGUAGAAGUACCACCACCAGCCUCCGAUUCCUCACCAGUUGCCCAGACCGUGGCGCUCAUUCAUGCAGAGCAGGCACAUCAACAACAGCAACAGCAGCAGACGCAAUUGGCUCCGUUGGGUCAAGAGAAGAGUACCCAGGAGAAGGUGCUGGAAAUUGUACGCGCCGCAGACGCCUUCACUGCCGUUCCACCGAAAUCGCCAUCAGAGCAUCACGAGCAAGAUAAAAUACAGAAGACAACGACGGUUGUCAUAUCGAAGCAUACACUCGAUACAAAUCCCACAACGCCGACAACGCCAUCGGCCCUGCCGUCAAUUGGAGUUGCCGAGUCAGCGACCGCUGCUGCUUCUGCAGCUGCCACUGCCAAUGUCCCUACUGCUGCUGCUGCUCCGUCACCAACUCCUGCGGCAGCAUCAGCAUCUGGGCCAGCCACUGUCCCAGUAGUAGUGGCUGUGGAAACUCAAACCCAAGAAGCAACAGAACAACAACAAGAACUGCAGCAGCGUGGAACACAGACGCCAGACCGUGGGGUACGCUAUUCCUAUCAGCAAAUGCUGGAGAAUCAGGAAGAGGAGAGCAGAAGCCAAGCAAAGGCGGCUAUCCCAUCGAAGGCCAAAAAGGCAGAGCCUGUGUAUAUUAUAGAUGACGACGACGAUGAUGAUGAUGCAAAUGAUGGAGGACACAUGGACGACAUCGAUGCCAUCGACGAGGAGGAUGAAGACGAAAUAGAGAGUUCGCCUCCCGUUGAUCUGCAAUCGCCGCCUUCCUAUGCCGAUACAGAUUCCGAUUACUUGGAUAGGCGACGAGGCCGCUAUACCAGUGACUCCGAGAGUGAUUGUCGUCCCUAUAAGCCAUCCCGUUCGGGUCGCAGUACCCCAGAAUAUGCCGGUGGACAUCGGAAAUCUGUGAGCUUCGACCUAAGUGGCGAUGAACGCUCCAAAUCGGACUACGAACGUUCACGUUCCCGCACUCCUGACGGUCAUGGCCGUGCCUAUGACUCAGAACAGGAGAGUCGAACAGGAACACGUAACCGUAUGCCGAGAAAGGGUAUUUUAAGGUCAACCAGUCCUAGCUCUUCAGCCAGUUCCACCCUAGAGCGUCGUCCCGAGAAGCUGACUCCGAUUGUGCCCACUGUGGCCCGUAUUAGGGAGGUGGAAUCACCACAACUACAACGAGUAUCCCGAGCUACCUCACCAGAUCGUCCAGGAGAACUCGAACGUGAGAAUCCCUUCCGAUAUGCAACUCCCGAGGAUGAUGAGUACACGCAAAUAGCCAGAGCCAUUAAUAAGUCACCCCGCUCGCCACGCUCGCCUCGUGAUCAGUACUUCUUUGGUUCCUCACGCUCCAAUGAAGAUCUCCUCGAGCAAUCGCUAUCCAGUGGUCGCAGUACCCCCAAUACUGUGAUAUCAAAGUCUACAGAGAAUCUACUCGGACCAGAUGCACGACCAAAGGUGCCGCCCAAACCGCUGCUGAAGAAGGCUGAUCUUGUGCGAAACGUAGCUUUGGAGACAUUCCAAGCCAGCGACGUCGGCAAGGGUGACUUUGCGGUAUUCGAACAUGAUGCCACGACCAACACAAUCCAUCAGGUGGAAGCGAAGCUGCCAGUGCGUGUCGCCGCCAAGCCAGGGCGUCCAAGAGAAAGUCCUCCGCCACCUCCAGUGAAUUAUGCCACCUUGCCCAAAUCCCCAAUUUCAACGACUCCGUCAAUUGUCGAAGAAUCACUGUAUAUGGAGGCUUUGCCGCCGCCACCUCAACGAAGGCCUCACGAUUUUGUGCACGAAAACUCGCCUGACAACAUUCUGGUGACUCCUCAAGAGCAUCGUGAGUUUCUUCUGCGGGAGAACGAGCUGAGGAACCAGCUGCGGGCCCCCUUUGAACCUGCUCCGCCCAUUCCGAUUGCGGGCAACACUAGCUAUGCGGUAACAAAUCCAUUUCUAGACAGUUCUGACACUGACAUUGACAACCUGCCAUUGCCUCCCCCGCCCACACCACCUGCCCAACACUCACGUCAUUUGCAUGAGCCGCUACUAACCGCUGUCACCACUAACGCAUCAACGUCUUCUCCAUCUUCUUCCAAUGUCUCUGCCACUGCCACUACCACUACCUCUGCCAACCGCUUGAUGGAUAUGCCACCGCAACUACAGCAGCUGCUGGUCGCUGGGUCGCCCACACAAAUUUUUCCCACGGCCCAAAUACUGCCCGUGCAGUAUGCCAGUCUUCCGCAACCACAGCAACCCAAUACGCUCACCCUGAGCCAGCCUCAGACACCACCACCUCCUCCACCCCCAUCUACAUUACACCCGAGUAUCUCUGGUGCACAGUCCGCUCCCAUAUUCAAUCUUGUCCUGCUGCCCAGCGACCCAACGACCAGACAGUUGUCGUCUUCAUCAUCGUCGCCAGCCGCUGGCUCGGCGGUGUUUUAUCUCCAAUCGUCAGGUUCGCCAUCUGCACAACUAUCGCCAUUGGAAAGCGAAGCAAUUCCAAAUACACCAGCAGGAAAAAAAGUGCCUAAAUCUGUGUCGGAUAAAAAACGCUUCUUUGAAUCCGCCAUGGAGGAUCAACACAAGCCCACACAAAAGACAGAGAAAGUUUUCUCAUUCCUGUCAAAGGAUGAAGUCGAAAAGUUGAGACAAGAAGAGGAGAGGAAAAUUGCAACAUUGCGUCGUGAUAAGAAAUCUAGAUUAUUGGAUGCUGCCAAUGACAACAUUGACAAGGACAAAGAUGGCCGGCAUCCCGAUAAGCAGUAUGAUAAUAGUGCUGGCAACAGCAGCGGCGAGGACAACGAGAAUGACAGUGAAGAUGAUAGCUACCAGGCGGAGGCGACCACUGGCCUCGGAGAUGCCGUUGACAAUGUGGUAUUGGCACAAUUUGGAGAUGAUGCGGAGGACAUUAGAACCGCACAAAGUCAGGCGCAGACAACGCAUUCGUCCUCGUCCAUGCCCAGCAAAAUACCCAGGCAGCAGCAGGUUCUGAAAGCUGCCAUAAACACGCCAGCAAAUGAACCGCCCAAGCCCUCAUUGCUGCCCAAGCCAAAGGUCAAAGUUGUCAUACCACCCGCGCUGCAGCAACGUAUGAAGCAGCAGCAGCAGCAACAGGAGGAGCAGCCUCAGGAGGAGGCUACCAUACCAGAGGAGGAGCCGGAAGGGCCUUCUACACCCACAAUUGGUGGCAGUCGCAUACCCGUGCGUACAUUAAAGGCUCAUCGUCGCGCCCAGGCAGCGGCGGCUCGUGAAGCGGGCAUCACUUUGGAAGAGUAUCUAAAGCGAGAAGGGGAAGUGGAACAACAGCAGCAACAACACAGCGGCAAGAGCCGUUCCAUGAUUAAUGCUGAGAAACGAGCCUCAUGGCGAGCAGCCCGGCUACGUUCUUUGGAACAGGGAGCCGUUGAGGCUCAGGAUGUUAUCAAAAAUAUGCGUAAAGUUACCGAAGAUCUAAUCACGCACGAGUCAAAAGCCAGCGAGCAUCAGGCAAAAAUAGUGUUUCCGAAAAUUGCCAUAAAGUCAAGCGAUGGCCCGGUUAUUGUACGCGAACGCGAGAAAAUACUCGAUGAGAAAAUUGUGCGACGCACCGAGGAGGUAGCCUGUCCCAUUACAGGUCUACCUCAAUUACGCACUGUCGAAUACAUUGAGAAAAUCAUCGAAACAGAGGUUGAGACCUGCAAGGAACGCAUCAUUUCCCUGGAACUGCAAGUGCCCGAAUUGGAAGAUGCAGCAUUGGACGACACUCAACCACCACCAGAGCUCGAUGCAGACGAUGAUUUCGACGAUGCGGAAGACUACGAAGAUGAUGAUGAUGACGACGAUGAGGAGGAGGAGGAGGAGGAAGAAGACACCGCUUCCAUUGUGACAGUGCAGGCCAAUAGCGAGAAAUUGUUUCUACGUCACGAUGGGGAUACUUAUGGUCCCUCUUCCAUUGAAAGUGUCUCGUCGGGCAAGGUUCGCAUCAAGCCAACUCCGUUGGCACUGCGUCAGACAUUGGCCAAAGAGACAACCAUUGUGGAGGUUCUGAAUCCAGUGAUAGGCGGUGAUGGCAGUGCCCGUACCAUUCAAGUGAGCGGAGCUCCAUUUGACGAAGACGAACUGGAGCAGGGCGCCGUGUCCUUGCUGCGCAGUGAAACUUUUGUGCUGCCCCCCGGCGGCUUCACUGGCAAGACAGAGCUCUCAUUAAACGCAAAAAUGAAAACUGUGCUCGAGGAGCUCUUAGAGAACGAGCGCGUCAAAUUGAAUUUGCAAAAGAGUCUCGAGGAAGAAGAAGACCAGGACGACGAGGAGGGCGAAAGUGCCUAUGGCGAUGCAAGGGAUGACGACGAGAGCGCCUAUGGUGAUGCCAUUGACGAUGUUGUUGACUUUGGUAUUGCAGCGGUCACAACUCAAAAGACUAACGAACACGAUGAUGCUAAGAACGGCAAUCAGCAGCUGCUCGAGGAGCUGAUAAAGGACAGCAACCGCAAUACGAUUAUUGCUAAAUUGGCAGGCCAAUUGUCCAACAAAGAUGACGACGAUGAUGAUGAUGACGAGGAGGACGAUGACGACGACGAAGAUGAAAGCAGUGACUCUUCAGACGAUGACAGCGAUGACUCAGAUGUGGAGGACAACGGCGAGGACCAACUGAAUGUAACCUACGUGCAGGGCGCGCAGGUAAUCGAGAAUCUCAAUACAGUGACCACCACCGGAGGCAGUAAAUUGCAAAAGUCUCAGACAUACAACACAAUGAAGGAAGCUUCAGAAAAGGAGGAUCAACAAGUGACCCAAGUGGACCAGACAUUGGAUCAAUGUGGUGGCGGCCCUGGGGAUGGCACAUUGGCUCAACUGCAGGCAGAGCAGCGUGCCCUGGCCGAGAUCUCAAAGCAGUUGCGUAAAUCUGUCGAUGAUUUGUUGAAUGCCGAUGACGGAACUGUGGUCGAAACGCAACGAACUUACACAUUGCCCGCCGCCAGCGACAGUGCAGCCGUUGUCACCGUGACCGAGGUGGUAAAGAAGCAAAAGAAAAGUCGACGACCAGUCGAUUCCUCCGAGUCUGGUGAGGCAUUGUUCAAUCGUCUCCUGAGUGCUGGCGAGUCGGAACGUCAGAUAUUCGACCAACAGCAGGGUGAUACUAUCACAACGACCACAACAACCACAGAGUCCUUGGCUGGACCAGCUGGCACUGCUGUUUCUGCUGGCACUGUGGUUGGAGCAGAGCCCAGUGGCACAAGUGUGGUGACCACAACUACACGUACGGUAUCCAAUAUUGUGACUAGCGGCAUUCCGAGGCCAGAGACCAGUCAGAAAGCAGCCAAUCGUAAUAACAGCAACGCUAGCAACAACAACAAUCGCAACAAAAAUAAACGUAAAAAUAAAAAGAAAUAGAACGAGCAAUAUGAAAAAUUACGUAUACGCCACAUAGUCGGUAUGUGAUUUAUACAAAUACUCUAACGCACACACACCUACCCAGAGAGACAGCCAGGCAGUCAGAGAGCAGCACAUACAUAUACACAUAAAAAUACACACACACACACACACACAUGUAUGUAGAUAUAUGAGGAUACCGAUAUAAAUAGUCACAUAUCAGCGUUGAAAAUAAAGAGCAAUGUUUUAAUGUGCCGUUCUACAUUAUUUACCAACUAUUUGUAUGUACCAUAAAAGAAAUAUAUAUAAAUAUAUAUAUACACCCAUAUAUAUACAUGCAUACAUAUAUGUUGCAUAUCUUAAUGAUAUUUUAAUUAAUUGUGCAAAUAAUAACAUUGUCGUUGCAUUUAAAAACUCAUUUGUGACUAAUCAUAAAAAUGCAGCUGCAAGAGCAACCAGCCAGCAAUAACAGCAACAAAACAUCUGAAACAUUAGCAGCAAUUUCAUUGCUAAAGCUUUUUUUAAAACCAGUAUAUCAUCGAAUGUCGCCCAACAACAACAACAAACAACCACAAAUAACAAUAAACAACAACUACAACAAAUACGAAUUAUUGUGGCAGCAGGCAAUUAAAAAAUAGAAGAAAAACACCAAACUCAUUGAAACAAAAAUCUUAUUUAAUUGAAUUAAAUAAUUUCACUUUGUUUGCAUUUAACUUUCAUUUGGUAAAAUAGCUGCAG